AUGGAGAAUAAUAUUGAUGUUAAUGCUACUGAAAAUGAUAAUUUAGAUGCUGAACAGGUUAAUGUUCAUAAUGUUAAUGACAAUGGAAAAGAUAUAUUUAAUCCAAGAAUUUGGGACUCUCUUGAGUUUAAAUUCAUUGAUUUAUUAGCUAUGAAAUUCCCUAAACGAGAUUUAUCUAUUGUGAAUGAUCCUAAAGAUAAAUCAUAUAAACGCUUUACGACUAAUUUGUAUAGUAGAGUUGUAUCAAAUGGAAAUAAGUGUGAUAGAAAUUGGUCUGUCUAUUCAAAAGAGCUUGAUAGAGUAAUUUAUUUGUGUUGUAAGGUAUUUAUAAAAGGGAUCGAUAAAGGUCAAUUAGAAAAUGAGGAUUUUGAUGAAUGGGCACAUGUUGGAGAAAGACCUAGAGAACAUGAAAUUGGCAUGGAACAUGUUAAGAAUAUGACUACAUGGUAUGAAUUGCGUUAA